CAAGAAGGAUCUUCUGUCAUAAUGUUCUUCACGAUACACGAGAUCAUCAAGUGGCUGGGGCUGACGAUCUUCGAGAUAUGGACCAACCUUAUCUCCAUAUUGAUCUUCACCAUAACAUUCGCGCUCAAAUACAAUCCGAAUAUUGAGUUGUACAAUAACGAUUGGUGGCUCAUCUUCUUCCCGCUCUUCGCAGGGGAUGCCUUGAACGCUUACUUUUGUACGAUCGUUUUUAUACGGAUGUUAAUUGAGCUGACACUGAAAACUGCCCUCUUGAGGGUCUGCUGGUCGGCUACUUUCCUCCUGAUGACCUUCCUGUUUAAAUUGCUUCUAUGCAAGAGAUUGACUGGACAUGUGACGCUGGAUUUCUCCGAAAUCUUUGCGCCUAUCUACAUUUUAUUACAAUUAAUUGCUGUACGCGCCUGUCAACAAAGUUAAAGCUGUUUCUAUUUUUUAAGUGAAGAAUAAAUUAAUAUUUUUUUAUAAAUUA